AUGUGGUUAAUAUCCGGAGCACCGCCAGGCUGGCUUGGGUCGACUUCUACACCUUCUGACUGGCUUGUGUCGACUCCUACACCUUCUGACUGGCUUGUGUCGACUCCUACACCUUCUGACUGGUUUGUGUCGACUCCUACACCUUCUGACUGGCUUGUGUCGACUCCUACACCUUCUGACUGGUUUGUGUCGACUCCUACACCUUCUGACUGGUUUGUGUCGACUCCUACACCUUCUGACUGGCUUGUGUCGACUCUUACACCUUCUGACUGGCUUGUGUCGACUCCUACACCUUCUGACUGGCUUGUGUCGACUCCUACACCUUCUGACUGGCUUGUGUCGACUCCUACACCUUCUGACUGGCUUGUGUCGACUCCUACACCUUCUGACUGGCUUGUGUCGACUCCUACACCUUCUGACUGGCUUGUGUCGACUCUUACACCUUCUGACUGGUUUGUGUCGACUCCUACACCUUCUGACUGGUUUGUGUCGACUCCUACACCUUCUGACUGGCUUGUGUCGACUCCUACACCUUCUGACUGGCUUGUGUCGACUCCUACACCUUCUGACUGGCUUGUGUCGACUCCUACACCUUCUGACUGGCUUGUGCCAACUCCUGCACCUUCUGACUGGCUUGUGUCGACUCCUACACCUUCUGACUGGCUUGUGUCGACUCCUACACCUUCUGACUGGCUUGUGUCGACUCCUACACCUUCUGACUGGCUUGUGUCGACUCCUACACCUUCUGUCUGGCUUGAGUCGACUCCUACUCCUUCUGACUGGCUUGUGCCAACUCCUGCACCUUCUGACUGGCUUGUGUCGACUCCUACACCUUCUGACUGGCUUGUGUCGACUCCUACACCUUCUGACUGGCUUGUGUCGACUCCUACACCUUCUGACUGGCUUGUGCCAACUCCUGCACCUUCUGACUGGCUUGUGUCGACUCCUACACCUUCUGACUGGCUUGUGUCGACUCCUACACCUUCUGACUGGCUUGUGUCGACUCUUACACCUUCUGACUGGCUUGUGUCGACUCUUACACCUUCUGACUGGCUUGUGCCAACUCCUGCACCUUCUGACUGGCUUGUGUCGACUCCUACACCUUCUGACUGGCUUGUGUCGACUCCUACACCUUCUGACUGGUUUGUGUCGACUCCUACACCUUCUGACUGGCUUGUGUCGACUCCUACACCUUCUGACUGGCUUGUGUCGACUCCUACACCUUCUGACUGGCUUGUGUCGACUCCUACUCCUUCUGACUGGUUUGUGUCGACUCCUACUCCUUCUGACUGGCUUGUGCCAACUACUGCACCUUCUGACUGGCUUGUGUCGACUCUUACACCUUCUGACUGGCUUGCGACACCAGCUACAUCUCUAGGUUGGCGAACAUCAACAUCUGCACAGUUAGACUGA